AGUGUAGAGAUGAAGAUUCACUUUCAGGAGGUGGGAUUCUGUAGAAAAGAAUCAAUUUAAAUUAGUUAAAUAUACUUGGGUAGCAGUAUUAUUGGUAUACACCUGCCAUAGGAGCUAGCAUACUAUACUGCUUGGGUGAGUCUGUCAAGAAGAUGACACAUAAUUAACAAGAUGCUUAUAUAAAUAUAUUGCAGAUCCCUUGAGGUGUGCACUCUGCCUAGAUGUUAUGCCUCUAGCUACCACUAUGAAUUUGGUCCCUGAUAUCGCCCAUCAGAAACCAUACGGCUCUCAUAAAAAAAAAAUCAUAUAUAUGAGUAACUUCAUUGCUUGGAAUCUUACCUGCUUUCUAGCUGUAAAUGCUGGCUAUUCUUUAGUUACUUGCAUGGUGGUUCAAUUAUGUGAUUCUAGUCCUUUUAUGUAAAAGGAAUAUUGUUAAAAUUGUUGGGCCUAAAAAUUGAUCUGCUUUGACUUUGAAGGUCAUAUCUAACGAACUGUAAAUGCUGUUUCUCUUCUACCCCCUCCUCCAACAGAUCUUUAAUGCAGUGAGGAUUUAGGGGAAGAUUAACAAAUGCACAGCUAACUUUAAACUCACUCAUAUACGUGCUUAAAGAGAGAAUACCUGUGAAUUGUCCUGAAAGGCUGGCAGACUUUCCCCCCUAUUUCACACCUGCAGGAAGGGUAUUUUAGACAUGAGGAAUACUGAAUGUUUGCAGUCCUUAAGAUGAAACUCUGCAGUGUGUCUUUUGAUCGAGUGUCAGACAUCAACUUUACCCUCAAUACAAAUGAAAGUGGGAAUAUUGCAUUGUUUGAGGCAUGCUGUAAGGAGAGAAUACAGCAGUUUGAUGAUGGUGGUUCUGAUGAAGAAGAUAUAUGGGAAGAAAAACACAUUGCGUUUACACCGGAAUCCCAGAGACGAUCCAGCUCGGGCAGUACGGACAGUGAAGAAAGUACAGACUCUGAAGAAGAGGAUGGAACAAAACAAGACUUGUUUGAAUCAAAUACCAAUACAGAAGACAAAAUGGAAGUGGACUUAAACGAACCACCGAACUGGUCGGCUAACUUUGACGUACCCAUGGAAACUGCACAUGGUGCCAAUUUGGAUUCUGUUGGGUCUGAUGUAUGGAGCACAGAAGAACCUAUGCCAGGAAAAGAAACUGGCUGGGCUUCUUUUUCAGAGUUUACAUCUUCUCUAAGUUCGAAAGAGUCUUUAAGAAGUAAUUCUCCUGUGGAAAUGGAAACAAACACAGAACCAAUGGAUCCCCUGAGUGCAAAUGUAUCUGCACUUGCAACACAGCCAGAGGCCCAAGGAAGUGUUGCUAUGGAGGCCAGUUCAGAUGGAGAAGAUGAUGUGGAAAAUGCAGACAAGGUAACUGAGACAGUAAUGAAUGGCAGCAUGAAGGAAACACUGAGCCUUACUGUAGAUGCUAAAACUGAAACAGCUGUCUUCAAAAGGUGAGCAAACCUAGUUCAUUUCUCUUAUUCACUCAGGGUGUACACAUUUUUUGUUCCUCCUUUAAAAAUGUUUUAAAUAAAUGUUGACUGAGCAUUUUAUUCAGUCCUUUUGGAAGUAUUUCAUAGAACUAAUGAUUUCCAAGACACUAAUUAGACAUCUGCAUGCAGAGAUUUUAAACUUAACAGUCUGACUCCAGUUUUCUGUUAUCUGAGCUUUCAUUCAUAUGUAAAUUUCGAUAGAGGUUAUGGAGCUAGGUUAUGUUCUGCAUUGGGACAAAAACAAAGCCUUUUGAACUGUUAACCAAAUUGUGUUGAGAUGUCAGUUUUUAGAUUGAGACUUGUUUUUUCAAUUAGGGAAGGUUUUGUGUGACCAGGGCUUUUGGGUCAGUGAGCUGCUUCUUCGAGUAUUGGUCCCUACGUGUCUUCCACUGUGGGUGAAUUCUUUCAAUUAGUGUCCUUUGGUCCAUAUAUGCACCCGUGCCUUCUGUGUGCUUUCAACCAGAGGAAUUUAAGGGUGGAGCGAAGAGGACUGGACUAACUGCCUCUCCAGUUCCUUCUUACUGCCAUAUGGCCUGGAUCAGAAUGUCCAGUGUCUGGAGCUUUCCUUCGAUUUCUCUGAUCUGAUCUGAUUUCCAAAAUUUGCUUUUGCCUAUAGUUCUUUAAACCACAGGUGUUUUCUCAGUUUCAUUGUGAGCCCCAACCACUUUCAAUGUAAAGUGCUCUCUUUUGGCCUUGCCACUCCCUUUAUAGUUAGUUUUUUAAUAGUUUUAUAGCUUUUAGCAGAGUUUUCUAGUUAGAUUUCCUACCUCAGGAGACUCCCCUCUUCCCCCUCCCCCGCCAUAUCCCUUCCAGCACUAUAAUUGUUGCUGCUCUUCUGAGUUUCUUCUAGUUUGAAAGUGUAUUUCUGAUCAUGAGGUGUCUAAAACUGAAUGCAAAAUUGCUUGUGCAAUAGCAGCAGAACUGUUUAGAGUGUAUAUCCCCUUAUUGCUACAUGAUGGUGAUGUUUCUCUAUAUAUAACAAAAUAUGACUCUCUUUGGCCAGUGUUUGAGUAAAUCGCACAUCUAACUAUUCUAGUCUAUCCCUGUCUCUUUGAAUUUUAUAGUCUGUUUUUAUUUUGACUGGUCCUUAUUUUUUGAUCCAUGCAGCGUG